AUAUAAAUUAUCCGAUAAUACAUAAUUAUCUAAGAUAAAAUAACUAAAAGAUAAAAACAAAAAAGUAAACAAGAUUCAUGAAACAUAACUACACUGGUCACCAACCGCUUGAGAUUUGCGGCGGCCAAAAAAAAUUUCUUUUCUUUUUUUUUUUCCUUUUCUUUUUAUAAAUCUUUUGCAAACCUUUUUCCUUUUUUCUUUCUUCUUUUCUUUUCUAAACCUUUUUUAAAAUUGUUUUUAAAAUAUUUUUAAUUUUAUUUUGAAACAACUACUUGAAUGUAAAACUCAGGAAAGUUAGGCCCAAAAUUCAUUUGGGCUAAAAUUCGUUUUAAAUACCCAAAACCUUUCUUAUAAAAGCCUUUCUAAUAAAUAAUAAGCCUUUUUAGUAAAUAAAACCUUUUUCAAAAACUAAAACUUUUAUAAAAAUAUAAAUAAUAACUUACUAAAAAUACGGAGUAACAUAAUAUCUUUAUAUAUUUUGUAUAGAAUAAUGGAAGUGAUGAGAAUUCGAUAGUGAAAUGGUAUUUUCAGUUCCUCAUUUGAAAAGCUUGGUCUUUAAUUAAUGGCUUUAGUUUGUGGCUAUAAUUAUUAAAAUUUCUGCUCUUUUUGCGCCUACAUGUUUCAUCUCUGUUAUGUUAUGAAGCAAACAAAACUACUCUUGGAGAUGGUUCAUGAAAUGUGUAGUUGGAUUUUUUGAGGAAGCCUUUCUUUGGGAUGUUUGGAUAUGGUGGAACUAUUGCUUCUAUGCAUUUAGGGAGGCUGCAGGUGGACUUCGAGAUCCUCAUGGAAGUUUUAUGGAGGUUGUUAUGAAUCCCAAGUUAGAACUCCGUGAUAUAUUUCAAAUCCAGUGCAAGCUUAAGGAUAUUUGUUUCGCUUACAAUUUAGGUAUGCUUUUAUAUGAUAUUGUACUAAUUUGCUACUUUUUCUGGAGCUUUGAGAAACAAUGUGCACAAAAAUCUUCAUUUUUCUUUUAUAUUUUAAGAUGUAUGAACUUUUUAUUUACAAGAACAAUUCAAUCUUUAACUGGCUUCGAAAUUGCUGUCCUUGUUGAGGUGUACAAGGAUAAAGUUUGUGUAUUUCAUUCUGGCCUUGGAAUUAAUGGAAGUGAUGGGAAUUCGAUAGUGAAGUGGGAGAAAAUGGGUGCUUCAGUUCAGAGAACUUCCAAAAAACUUGCCAUUGGUGGAAAAACUCCAUAUCUCACGCCUUUCUUUGGGAUGUUUGGAUAUGGUGGAACUAUUGCUUCUAUGCAUUUAGGGAGGCAUGCUGUAGUGUCUGCAAAGACUAAACAGUCUAAAACAGUUUAUUGGCGUCAUUUACAAAGGAAUGCGCUAUAA